AUGUCAAAGCGUGCUGGUGAACAUCACGAUGACUCUGAAAAGAGUCAGAUUGCUAAGCAUACCGAUGACGGGUUUAACCCAGAUCGGUCCAUAGACGAGGAACAGGACGUGGAAAUGGGUGAGUUUGAAGACCCAUACGGCGAUGACAUUGAGAGCGACGGAGAAAUAGUGGAGAUAGACACCGAUGGAGAAGGCGAUGGCCAGGACCUCGACCAAAUUGCAGAAGACGAGGAAAGACAGCAAGAAGAAGAAGAGCAGAACACUCUGUAUCUUCCCCAUAAAUCAAGACCUUUAGGUCCGGAUGAGAUGCUGGAACCAGAUCCAACUGUGUACGAGAUGUUGCACAGAAUGAACCUUCCAUGGCCUUGUAUGACGCUUGAUGUUCUUCCAGACACUCUUGGUGCUGAGAGAAGAAGCUGGCCACACUCCGUGUACUUGGCCACAGCUACCCAGGCGAAGAGAAGCAAGGACAACGAGCUUAUCAUCAUGAAACUUUCAUCUUUGGCCAAAACCCUUGUAAAGGACGAUCAAGACGAUGACGAUGACGAAGAGGAAGACGAUGAUGUGGACUAUGAUCCAAUCCUGGAAAGUGAGACGAUUGCAUUGAAAGACACCACAAACAGACUGAGGGUGUCACCAUUCGCAGCAGAGACUGGCGAGUACUUGACCGCAACCAUGUCUGAGAACGGAGAUGUAAACAUCUUCGACAUAUCACCACAGUUCAAGGCCUUUGAUUCGCCAGGCUACAUGAUCCCCAAGCCAAACAAAAGAGCCAUCCACACAAUCAGGAACCACGGUAACGUAGAGGGUUAUGGUUUGGACUGGUCUCCACUGGUGCAAACCGGUGCGUUACUAUCUGGUGAUAUGUCAGGAAGAGUGUACCAUACUCAGAGAACAACUUCCAAGUGGGUCACAGAGAAGUUCGAGUACCAGGCAUCGCAGGCGUCCAUCGAGGACAUACAAUGGUCGAGGAACGAAAAGACCGUGUUUGCUACAGGAGGUACAGAUGGGUACAUACGGAUCUGGGAUAUCAGAUCAAAGAAACACAAGCCUGCUAUCAAUUGCAAGGCUUCAACUACUGACGUGAAUGUGCUGUCGUGGUGUAAUAAAAUUGACUAUCUGAUUGCGUCUGGUCAUGACGAUGGUUCGUGGGGUGUUUGGGACUUGAGGCAGUUCAAGCCCAAUUCCGAAACUUACUCGCCAGUUGUCAGCUUUGACUUCCACAAGUCCGCGAUCACCUCGAUCGAAUUCAACCCACUGGACGAGAGCAUCGUCGCUGUUUCGAGUGAAGACAAUACUGUCACCCUGUGGGAUCUUGCUGUGGAAGCUGACGAUGAAGAGAUCGAACAACAGAGACAGGAGACCAAAGAGCUGGAGGAUAUUCCAGCUCAAUUGAUGUUUGUGCACUGGCAGAAAGAUGUCAAGGAUGUCCGUUGGCACAAACAGAUCCCUGGUACUCUUUGCAGCGUUGGUACCGAUGGGUUGAACGUUUGGAAGACAGUGAGUGUAUAG